GGCGGGAUCUCUCUCCCUUUUACCGCCAUCGGAGCGGAGUCUCUUUCUUCAGACUACCUAACUGCGCAGCGCCGCUCGACCCGUUCAUCCUCCGGCCGCAGAGCGAAGUAUCGUCAAGAUGGCAGACAUCGACAACAAAGACCAGGCUGAGAUGGACCCAGCAGACAUGGAGGACGUAGAGGAUGUGGAGGAGGAGGAGACCGGAGAGGACGAGAACAGCAAAGCUCGCCAACUCACUGUGCAGAUGAUGCAGAACCCACAGAUCCUGGCUGCGCUGCAGGAAAGGCUGGACGGCCUCAACGGCUCCCCGUCAGGAUACAUGGAAAGCUUACCGAAGGUCGUAAAGAGACGUGUGAAUGCUUUGAAGAACCUGCAGGUCAAAUGUGCCCACAUCGAAGCCAAGUUCUAUGAAGAAGUUCAUGAACUGGAGAGAAAGUACGCAGCGCUCUACCAGCCCCUCUUUGACAAAAGAAGCGAGAUAGUGACAGCAGCUUACGAGCCCACAGACGAAGAAUGUGAGUGGAAGACCGAUGAAGAGGAAGAGCUGACAGUAAGUAAGCAGGAUGAGAUGAAGGAGAAGGCCAAGUUGGAGGAAGAGAAGAAGGAUGAAGAGAAGGAAAAUCCCAAAGGCAUCCCAGAGUUCUGGUUAACAGUAUUCAAAAACGUGGACCUGCUCAGCGACAUGCUGCAGGAGCACGACGAGCCCGUUCUAAAACAUUUACAAGAUAUUAAAGUAAAGUUCUCCGAUCCGGGACAGCCAAUGAGCUUCACAUUAGAGUUCCACUUCGAACCCAACGAGUUCUUCACAAACACAGUGCUAUCAAAAACCUACAAGAUGAGGUCGGAACCGGAUGAGAGUGACCCGUUCUCCUUCGACGGGCCGGAGAUCAUGAGCUGCGUCGGAUGCACGAUCGACUGGACAAAGGGAAAGAACGUCACGUUGAAAACAAUCAAGAAGAAGCAGAAGCACAAGGGCCGCGGCACGGUGAGGACUGUCACCAAGACCGUCCCCAACGACUCCUUCUUCAACUUCUUCACCCCGCCUGAAGUUCCAGAAAACGGAGAGCUGGACGAGGACUCCGAGGCGAUCCUGGCAGCAGACUUCGAGAUCGGCCACUUCAUUCGGGAGCGCAUCGUACCGCGCGCCGUGCUCUACUUCACCGGCGAGGCCAUAGAGGACGACGACGAUGACUACGAUGAAGAGGGUGAAGAAGCAGAUGAUGAGGAAGGCGAGGAGGAGGCCGACGAGGAGAACGACCCCGACUACGACCCCAAGGUUUAAAUGGUGACUAUAGACAAAUAACCCUAUCCUGAAGGAUGGAACCCCCCCAGCUGAGUGCAGGCAACAGUGAGUCCUUGCCUGGCUGCGAUGAGGAUCAACUGCACUGUACUUGCUUCUCAAAUAAAAAAGAAAAAAGGAAGAAAAAAAAACAAAACAAAAACAUACAAAUUUAAAAAAAUAGUUACUUAUCGCCUUAUAAUGUUUUGUAUUUUUCUUGGUAGGGAAUUUGAAGAAAAAGUUUCCAGAUUUUUGUUACGAAACCAGUGGUAAUAUACUGCGAGCUGUUUGGCUCAAUAUACAUGAUAUUUUACUAGACCUGUUUCCUCCUCGUCCUUCUCUGUACAAUAGCUAGACGACAGGAAACUGUCGCCCUCAAACAGCAUGACCUUGUUUCUUCACCGCUAAACUAGUUUGGGUUCUUGUGAAGUUUUUUGGAUGUGUUUGCUCUUAGACAACAGCUGUGGUUUAGACUGCAACGUAGUGGCAUCAAUUCACACCACACCCAUCCCCUUCCUGUUGUCCCCCCCUUUCCACCAAUGUCCAGGUUAGUUGGUUCUGGCUGUCCCAGGUGUUUUUUUUUUCUUAUUAUUAAUGACGCCUUGAACGCACUUGAACUAGCACUGUAGCAUUGCCAACAUCAAACACAGGACCUGCAACUUGGGUGUUCAUUCUCGUUUGCCCAACUUUUACUAUUUCUCCCCAAAACGGACGCCAAAGUUGUCUGCCUACCAGAAGCGGCUCAUCCUCAAGGUUUUCCCUCUCGAUACAUUCCAGUAAGCAGACUGGCUCAACGACGAACCUCUUGGUCUGGCGCUGUUCGACUGGACGGACUGUUAAAAUAGAUAAACCCCCAUUGCUUGUGUUGACCUCCUUGCUCCUAGGGCUCGGCACAAGCCCAGUUGAAUCUCUCGAACAUUCCAGGGAUUUCUUUUGAGUAAGGACUUGGCAACCUGUCCCAUAACCUUGUGAUACAGCUUUUCUUAGGCUCGCUGUGGCGUGGCUGUCGUCUAUUAUAUUGCACUUUGUACUAGUGUGUGGUGUGCCAGUGGUGUCGCGUCAUCAGUUAGCAGAGUAUUCCUUGUAAGCAGCACUUUGUCACUCUGUCUAAAAGGACCAGAGGGGAAGAUGGGCAGGUAAUGACGCUCUGGAGAGCAGAAGUUGUUGCUCUGUGGAUUUUUUUAGUGCAUUUCCUUUCCUACAGAAAGAGGCACAUUUUCAGAAGCUUUAUCAAAUCUUUGGGCAGAUGUAGCACAGGGGAUGAGCAAAGUGUUGGAGUCACCUACCCUUGCUACUAUCCCCUGUUCAUCACCCUGACCUCUUGUGUCGCCAACUUGUCCAGACUAAAGCCCAGCGGUUGAAGUCCUUUGUACAUUUAUUUAAUUCACUGUGAAAGGGGGGAAUUCACCCGGCCAUCGUUUUGGCCAAUGACCUUCCUCCGUCCCUGCUUCCACCUUCUUCCUUUUUUUUUUUUUUUUUUAUUUUCUCCUACCAAGAAUGCCACAGAAAGUAUGUCAGAGCAAUACUUAAAGCCAAGAAGGGACUAUGAAGAGAAAUCCUAGCCUGCCACCAUCCUGGUGUCUUCAGAUGUUGGUUGUGUUGGACCUUACCGUGUCCUCUGUGGAAAGCUGGGGGUAUCUCUUAUUCUGCAGGGAGCAUUCACAUCAUAUUCAUUGAGAGAAGAUACGACUGGGCCAAUGUACGGUCACUCCUGAGCAGCUGUUGUCAAGGCGAAAUGCUAUGCUAUAAAAAUACUAAUGUACUCAAUACCUGUACGUGUAUGUUCCUGAAUAAAUUGGUUAAACAUG